CUGCUCGCGCUAGGAGCCUCGCGAAAUGCGCUCACUCGCACCUGUGCGGGCGAGCGGUCGUGAGCAGCCGACGGUCGUCGCCGAUCACUUUUUUCGCUCGGCCAUCGACGGUCAGCAGAAGACGAAACCUCGCUCUCUGGGAGUCGUCUGCUGCCUAAAGUGGCGGGUAGCCAUGUUGAAGAGGACCACCUCGUGACAUCUCGUGAAACGUGAACGCCGGUAGGAGGCAUCGCCAGCGAGCUUCUUCCAGAAGUCGCCGCCGAGACGUGACUGUACCGGUGUCCCGAACAGAACAUUGCGGCGUCGCUUCCACGCAACUUCAAUAACGAAACUCGCGCCCUCGCGGCAUCGUCAAGAUGGCGACGGACCACGUGCUCGAGCUGUCGGGCGUGCACUACACGGGGCCCGUGUCCCCGCCUACCUGCUUUCAAGCGUUCACCGGAACCGCGGUCACGGCGCCACUGCUGAAAGACAUCAGCAUGGAACUGCAUGCCGGCGAAGUGAUGGCCGUGCUCGGAUCCAAGGGUAGCGGCAAGAAGGCCCUGCUGGAGGUCGUGGCCCGGCGCGCCAUGGGCCCGACCCGGGGCCAGAUCCUGCUGAACGACGUGCCGCUCACCCUUCGCCUGUUCCAGGAGCAGUGCGGCUACGUGGCCCGCCGGUGCUCCCUCGUGCCGGGAGUCACCGUGCGCCAGACGCUGCACUUCGCGGCCAAGCUCACGGUCGCCUCCAAGGUGUCCGGCUCCGUCAAGAGGGGCCGGGUGAAGCAGGUGAUGGCGGACCUGGCGCUGAACCAGGUUGCAAACAAGGAGGUGAGCAGCCUGUCCAUCAACGAGUACCGCCGACUGAGCAUCGCCAUCGAGCUGGUCAGGGACCCCGUGCUCGUGGUGUUGGACGAGCCGACGGCCGACCUGGACCCCCUGAAUACGUACUUCGUCGUCUCCAUCCUGGCCAACCACGCCAAGAAGUACAACCGGCUCGUGCUGUUCACCAUGUCCAAGCCCCGGUCGGACAUCUUCCCGUUCCUGGACCGCGUGGCCUACCUCUGCCUUGGCGAGAUGGUCUACACCGGUUACACUCGGACCAUGCUGGAGUACUUUCGCAACAUCGGCUUUCCCUGUCCAGAACUGGAGAACCCGCUCAUGUACUACCUCUGCCUGGCCACGGUGGACCGGCGUUCGCGCGAGCGCUUCAUCGAGUCCAGCAGCCAGAUUCAGACGCUGGUGGAGAAGUUCCGCAACGACGGCGCCCGAUACCGCAAGGCGGGCCCCCCCUCCGAGCUGGGCGGUAACCACGCGAGCGACGCGGCGCAGUACAAGCUACCGCUGACCGCCUACGGCCAGCCGUCCUGCUGGCAGACCUUCUGGGCCAUCUACGGGCGGCUGUGGGCCUCGACGUUCAACUGCAACGGGCGCGCGUUCGGCCAGCUGGCACUGCGGCUCGCCCUGAUGCCGGUGCUGUUCGCCGUGCUGCUGCUGUUCUACUUCCCGCUGUCCGGCUACCAGCAGAGCUUCCUCACCCGCAACGGGCUGUUCCUCUCCUGCUUCGUGGCUGCCACGUUCGGAUCGGCCGCCAUCACGGCCCUCACCUACGCCCCGCACCGGACACGGUACUACCAGGAGAGCAGGGAAGGCAAAUACCGAGGUCCGUUGUUCGUCUUCACCCACACGCUAUUCAGCAUCCCGCUCAGCCUGAUCAGCGUGUUCGCCGGCGCCACCAUCAUCUACGCCGGCACCGGUCUGCGCGCCGACUGGCAGCGCUGGGCCACCUUCUGCGGCGUGAUGUGGUGCCUGUACGCGCUCGCCGAGCAGCAGACCGUCGCCCUGAUGAUGGUGGUGCGGAGCUCGUUCGCCUCGUUCCGCUGGUCCGCCUGCGUGCUGUCGCUGUGCGCGGUGCUGGCCUCCGGCACGGUGCGAAGCCUGGUCGUGCUGCCCGAUUGGACGUACUACCUCACGUACGCUACGUUGCAGCGGUACGCCGCAGCGUUCGUGCAGCAGAACGAGUUUGAGAUGCAUCCGGGCCUGGAGAACCUUCCGUCGCUCAAUGGCAGCGCCUGCGGUCCCAACGUGGACAGUGGCCGCUGCUUCUUCGUCAACGGCUCGCACUACCUGGGGCACAAGUACCGCAUGGGCCGCGGCCAGGCCGAAGUGGACGUCCAGUACUGGCUGAACUUUGGGCUCUGCUUCGCCUUCGUGGGCUCCUUCUGCCUCGUCAACGUCAUAUCGCACAUCAUCCCGCUGCCGGCGUCCAUCAAGUCCAAGUUCAGGGAUUGACGUAGCCCUCUUCCCAUCAAGAUCGAUCAUUGAUCGUUUUUUUUGUGAUUGCCAGGAAGGCACAGAAACAAAAUAAUAUCCUUGAGGAUAUGGACGACGCAAGAGUUGCUCGAGCUCGGGUCAGUGCCACGGUUUCAACCAGUAACGGUUGUCCUCACUCUUGUUCGUGCUAAGGUUCUGACUAACGAAGGCUGAACGGACUCGUAUUCGUGCUAUAGUUUCGACCGGUAAGAGUUGUCUGUGCCAAGGUUUCCCAGAAGCGCACUCCGCGGCCAUUUGUCGUACGGCAGACCGACACUUUGCCAUUGGCCUGUUGUAGUCCUUACGGGAAAUCAAUAUGCCGAACGGCGAUAAAUGUAAGAAGACUUGAAAGAACCAAUCACCGUCGCCGUGGCCGCUGCUUCAGCGACCUUGUGUAGAAGAACUUAGCAGGUAGAUUGUUGCGGAGAUAUAUAUGCGCCUGUGCAUGCUAACAACACUCGUCUGGGAUAGAACAAAGUUACGGAUAUUUCGCAUCCGAAUUAUUUAGGCGGUCCAGAUGAAGAUCUUCAUGCACUACCAGGGUUAUUUCACGUGCGUUGUAUAUUUUGUUGAUGUCAAGGGGCCAUUUUGUCGGUAGCAUGACUUCUUCAGGGACGGAGACUGGUCGGUAACGCCAGUGAAUAAUUGCACUUACUACGUGUGUUUCAGAUGCGCUCGUAAUUUUUUCACGGAAAGAGCGAAAAAGCAAGGAUCAUAAUGACCGGGAUCAACACUCGAUGACAAACCUUGAGAUUCAGUUCAAGUAGCGCUCGCUAAACCGCGCUGCAUCUGCUCCCACUGACCUCAUGACGCCGAUAUGGAAAUAAGAUCGCGUCCGUCGUGACGUCACCUAAUGACUGAACUUUAUUGGCUAGUGCUUCUAUGCGAAUUCUCCUUGUGAUAGACAUCCCUGUGUUUUCCAUCGCAUUGCUAGGUUGCCGCCGUGACUACAUAGCGGAGAUACCUAUGAUUUCCAAUCUGAGUCAAGGGCUCCACGUCCAUAUUUUUUUUUGUUCUAUGCAAAGGAAGAGAAAGUGCGUCGUGCCUGCGAUAGCCGAACAAACCAAUCAUACAGAGAGGUUCGAUGGAACGCGCAACCGUAGAAAAAGUAUUCACCUGACACUGCAAUACUGUGAGGGCGGACGGACAUUGGAAUGAUGAAUCGAUGCUGCGAGUUAAAUUUGACAGGACUGUACGCUCUAGCCAUUCGCUUGCCCGCUAUCCCGGUGGUUUGAAUCUCGGUGGCACAUUUCGCUUCGCUGUCAAUCGCGUCGAGCAAUGCCGACAAACUAUAAAACGACUCCGAAUCUGGUGUCCGGUGAAAGUAACAACUUAACACAACACCAACAUAAUAAUAAUAAUAAAAAUCGUCCUGACGACGUUUGCAA